AUGCACUGCGACACAGUGGAAGUGGUGAAAUUCCUUAUGGACAAUCACAUUGAGAUCAUGAGUCCACCAAUUUCUGGUGAGCUUUCCCAAGUGUUUGUGAUCUAUAAGGCUACUAAUGUCAAAAUAGAAGCAUUCAAGAGAAUCAUAAAUGCCAUUCAUGAGAUCUCACAUGGGAUUGAGUUGAAAAUCGGCGAUCUGAAUGAAGAGCCCAUUAUAACUUACAUUGAUUGUGCUAUAUUACACGAGUUCCAUUGUAUAUUGAAAAACAGAAAGAGACAACACCCCAAGGGAGAUGAGCUCAAGUUGAAUGGCUUAAAACAGGAGGAAAAAUUUAGGCGCCUAAUUGAGGACAAGAGUUCCGAUUUUCAGAAAAGAAUUGAAGCCAUUUUGACUACACGUACUCAGGCUACACAAUUAGGUAUAGAAAGGGCAAAACAACUAGAACCUGUCGAGCCAGUAAUUCCACGUUGUAAUAGCUUAGAGCACAGAGAGUUGCUUUCCAAAUGCACAAUGAUCUCAAAUAACAAAAUAAUCUCCUUAAAAUGGCCAAUCUUCAUAAAUCAAAAACAAGAGUUCAUACAAUGUGUUCAGAACAAGAUACACUUUGUACCAAAUAUGAAACCUAAGACUGACCCCAACUUAGGAGAUUGUUCAUAUUUGGACACAUGCCAUAAAAUGCACUGUUGCCGGUAUGUACACUAUUUACAAUUUACCCCUCAAAUCUUGGAAACAAAGUAUAAUUCAUGGUUGGCAGAUGAGAAUAUAGCAAGAUCUAAGAACUCAUGGAUAUCUUUGUAUACAAGGGGAGAAUGCUGUUCCAAUUUAUCACGUAAUGUAGCGCCCCCGCAAUGGAUACAAUGCGAUGUCAGGAAAUUCGAUUUAUCACUAUUAGGAAAGUUCUCUGCAGUUAUUGCUGACCCAGCAUGGAACAUCCAUAUGCAUUUACCAUACGGUACAUGUAACGACACUGAAUUGCUCAAUUUGCCGUUGAAUAUCUUACAAGAUGAAGGUAUACUAUUACUUUGGGUCACCGGCCGUGCCAUUGAGCUCGGUAAGGAAUCGCUGAAGAAAUGGGGUUACAAAGUCAUAAACGAAAUUUCAUGGGUUAAGACAAACCAGCUGGGCAGAACUAUUGUCACAGGUAGAACUGGUCACUGGCUGAAUCACUCAAAGGAGCAUCUCCUUCUUGGUUUAAAGGGCGAUCCUGAGUGGCUAAAUCGCAACAUUGACCUUGACAUCAUUGUAUCACCCACACGCGAGACAUCGAGGAAACCAGAUGAAGUUUAUGGAAUUGUGGAGAGAUUGGUGGGCUCUAAAUCACGUAAAUUAGAGAUAUUUGGAAGAGUCCAUAAUUUACGUCCAGGGUGGAUAACGAUAGGGAAUCAAUUGGAAGGUACACAUGUCAUCGAUCCCGAAAUUAAGAACCGUCUACUCAUUCAAGAAUUGGCUAACAAAAAAUCAACGUAG